AUGUCAAGAAAAAGAAGAGGAAUGUAUUUUAUAGAACAAAUACUUGAUUAUAAAUAAUACAACGGCUAGAAAUAUUAUCUUGUAAAAUGGCAAGGCUAUAAUAACAAAGAUUGCACUUGGGAAAAACCAGAAAAGAUACCAAAUUUAGCUUAAUUUUUGCACUAAUUUGAAGAAAAUCUAAAAUAACAUGGAUCUAAUUUUUAUCAUAUUGAUAAUGAUGAACCACCUUAAUUAGAAGAUUUUAUAGGAGUACCAAGUCAAUCCAAAUAGAAUUAGUAUCAAUAAUAAUAAGAACAAAUAUAAAUAUUACAAAAUUAGGUAGAUCUAUUAAAAUCAGAAAUAGAGCAAAUGAAGAAAUAACAAAAUGAAAUAGUCUAAAUAAUGACUGCAUCUUAAUAAAAUGAAAAGUCCUUUUAACCAAAUUAAUAACAGGAUUCUGAAAUCAUUUAGGAAUCUACAUCAGAAUAAUCCCAGAAAAACACUGAAAUUAAAUUACAAUGUGAAGGUGGAUUUGAGUUUGGAGAUUAAUUAGAUAAGAUAGGUUAAGCUGUACAAGUCAAGGGUAAAGGCCAAAAAAUGUAUUAUCUAUUGUGGCAAAAGCGACCCAAUGGUAAUCCUUUUAAUCUAAUUCUAUAUUAGGUAUCAUACCCAAAAAUAGAUGGGUUAAUAGUGAAUAUAUUAUGAAGUAUGAUAUAAACGCAUUGUGUUACUAUCUUCAAAAAAAGUUAUGA